GUACCUAUGGAUAGAUAGGCAGCUGAUGACCAGAGGAGCAGCGGGAGGCGACCACUCAUUCUGUGGAGAGUGAAAUGAUGCCUGAAGAACCGCUCAAUCAGGGACAGUUGGAUUAAUGGGGGCAACUAUUGUUUGGAAAAUAAUUUAUUGGUUCAGAUUUUUUUGUGGAUUUCUAAUCGGGUCCAUGUCAAAAUGCCAUUUGCCAAACGGAUCGUGGAACCCCAGUUACUGUGCAGGCAUUCAGUCCCAAAAGAAGAGAGUUUGGUUUUCGAGGAUCUGUGUACGGUCAACAAUGUGGCUCUGUCCCGGACCCUACGACAGCUUUCCGACCUGGCCCGGCACGCCUGCUCUCUCUUCCAGGAGCUGGAGAGCGAUAUCGUGUUUACCAACCAACGGGUCCGGGGACUGCAGAGUAAAGUCGGUCAACUUCAGCAGUCUAUCUCCGGGUUAGACGCCAAGCAGGAGGCAGUCCCGGUAUCAGACCUGGAUGUAGAGUGUAAGUUAUCAGACCACUACGUGUCUCCAUGGCUCCUCCAGAGGAAUGUGUUCCUGCCCUCCACCAGACCACCAUGUCUCCAGGAGCUGCACCGCACCGCACAGCAGGGCCUCAGGGCCAGCCACAGAGAUUACCAGCUGAGACAGCAAGCGAGCAGCAGAAGACGCAAAGUGACCAUCGCUGUCUCUGUGACACCCCCUAUGCCCACGUACCCCUCACCACACUCUGCCAGGAGGAGACCGCAGAGGGGCGGGAGCCUGACUGCGGUAACACAACUACCAACUUAUGAUAACAGACAUAUACUUACAGACAAUAUCUAUGAUAAAGCCUCAAGGUGCCACAGCAUUUUGAGUUCCAUCCUCACAGGGGCUGCUGUCAAAUCAAAUUGUAUUUGUCAUAAUGUGCCUAAUGCAACAUUUCACCAUACAGUGAAAUACUUAUUAAACCAACAAUGAAGGUG